AAAAAUUAUUUACCCUACAAAAUGAAUGUCGACGAGGUGCGAGAAAGUCUCCAAAGUUUCGGCUGGGUCGAUUAUAUGGUUUUUGUUUUAAUGUUGGCCAGCUGUGCCGCCAUUGGUGUCUAUUUUGCAUUGCAAAUGCGCCGCAAAGCGAAACUCAAUCAGGAUUUAACCAAUAAGGAUGCGGAAGAUGAUUAUUUGGUGGGCGGCAGGAAAAUGAAAAUUUUCCCCAUUGCCAUGUCGCUGAUAUCGAGUUUCAUAUCGGGUAUAACCUUACUAGGUACCCCAACAGAAAUCUAUCUAUAUGGCACCCAAUAUUUAUAUAUUAUUGUGGCCAUGAUCUCCAUGGGUUUCCUAAUGCACUAUUUCUAUUUGCCGGUGUAUCAUGAGCUGAAACUAAUUUCCACAUAUCAGUAUCUAGAAUCCCGCUUCGACAAAAAGGUGCGGUUAUUUGGCUCGAUAUUGUUUAUAUGUGGCACAAUGCUGUGGCUACCAAUUGUGAUCUAUGUACCAGCCUUGGCAUUUAAUCAGGCCACCGGGGCCAAUAUUCAUCUCGUCACACCAAUGGUGUGUCUGGUGUGUAUUUUCUAUACAUGUGUGGGUGGCUUAAAAGCCGUUGUGUGGACAGAUGUCGUGCAAACGUUACUGAUGUGCGGUGCCAUGGUACUGAUUAUGAUCAAGGGCACCAUGGAUAUUGGUGGACCCAGUGUGGUAUUUAAAAAGGCCAUGGAUAGUGGGCGGAUUGAGGCACCAAAUUUCACCUUUGACAUAUUUGAACGUUAUACCAUAUGGUCUCUGGUUAUUGGUGGGGUGCCACAUUGGCUGAAAUCGAAUGCCAUUAAUCAAAAUAUGAUCCAACGUUAUCUCUCGCUACCCACUUUGGCAAGUGCCCGUAAGGCCAUUUGGUAUUUUAUUACGGGUGUUCUGAUCUUCUUGGUAAUAUGUGGUUAUAGUGGUCUGCUGAUCUAUGCCACCUAUUCGGAAUGUGAUCCAUUGGAAACGAAGCUUGCCAAACGUAAGGAUCAACUUCUGUCCCUUUUGGUUAUGGAAACCCUAAAGGACUACCCCGGCCUGCCUGGUCUCUUUGUGGCCGGUGUCUUCAGUGCUGCCCUCUCGUCCCUGUCGACAGGUCUCAACUCCAUGUCAGCUGUCAUUUUAGAAGAUUUCUUUAAAAUGUUUGUCAAGAAACCGUUGACCAAACGUCAAACCGCCUUCAUUAUGCGUUUUGUGGUUGUCGUGUUCGGAGCCCUCUGUGUGGGUUUGGUCUUUGUUGUCGAACAAUUGGGAACGGUGCUGCAGCUAAGUAUUACCCUGUCUUCGGUGGCCAAUGGACCUCUGCUGGGAAUUUUCACGGCGGGUCUUAUGAUACCCUGGGUGGGCGGAACGGGUGCCCUGGUGGGAGGCUUUGUCAGUUUGGCCUUCAUGGUGUGGAUGUGUGUUUCGGCCCAACUGGACUUGGCCAGUGGAGCGGUGAAAUAUAUUCGCAAACCCUUUACAACUGUGGGUUGUAAUUACACGUUUGUGGACCUGAUACCAAUGAGCCAGGUGGCGGAAAAUAUUACCGAGGUGCUGGAGGAAGUGAGCCCACCCUCCCUGAAAGUCUAUCACAUUUCCUAUCUCUUCUACACGAUGGUAGGUGCCGUGAUAACCAUUGUCGUAGCCUUGGCCGUCACCUUUGCCUUGGGUACCCAUAAAAUUGAUAGUGUGGACUCGACACUACUCUCACCCUUUGCCAGACGUUGGAUUGAAAGGCAACGCGAAAAGAAACCCCCCGUACCCACAACGACAGAUCCGAAACUGAUAAAUGGUAAUUUUAAAGUGAUCGGGGAAACGAAAACCUGA